UCCAACUGUAUUCCGCUUACACAGCAUUAAAUGUGAAGUAAAAUGCAUAUAAAAGACGUAUGAAUAAACAUCAUACCAUCGCAAUGAAUUUUUGGUCUGCCAAAAAGAGGAAUUAUUUCAUGGUACGCCCAAGUAAAUUAUUUCAAUUAAUUGAUUGCAACACUAUUUAAAAUAAAGUAAAAAUACUUGAUGGUCUUUGAUAACUGACAACAAUAACAUAACAAAGUAUGAAGUAGUAUCACCCAUUUAGAAUUAUAGUAUAUGAGGAUAUGAGGAUAUUAUGAGGAUAUUUACAAUAAUGAUUGAUAACUAUUUACACGCUGACUUCGAUGUUAUGUACAUUAGCGAAAAUAUACCUGGUCCAUCAGAACCAACCCUGGAGGCUGAGGAACUAGCGAAAAACUUCAAUUCUCAAAUAACGCAUUGCUGUAAAUGCAAUUCCAAAUGCUUGCCAGAUAGUUGUGAGUGUCUUGAAAUAUCUGGCGGUGCAAAUUACAGGUUGUUGGACCAACAGCAUUCAAAUUCAAGGGUUUAUGUAAUGAAUGUAAAAGGCAAUGUACAUUCUAACUCAUACCCAGUUGUUGAAUGCAAUGAUUUGUGUAAAUGUAAAGACAGUUGUGGUAAUAGACUUGUUCAGUAUGGACCGAUAAAAACACUUUAUGUUAAAUCAACACAGAAUAAACUAAAGGGGCUGGGCUUGUUCACAAAUACUCUAAUAUCACAAGGGUCGUUUGUAUGUGAAUAUGCUGGGGAAGUUUUAACUAAAAAACAAGCUCUGUUUCGUUAUAACAACAAUGAAAUGCACGGGAGAAUGAAUUAUAUUUUCUGUUUAAAUGAACAUGUUAUUGGCAGAAUUGUUCAAACUUAUAUUGAUCCCAGUAGUUUUGGUAAUAUAGGUAGGUAUAUAAACCAUAGCUGUUAUCCAAAUUGUGAAAUAGUACCUGUAAGAGUUAAUACACCUUUACCUAAACUCGCCGUGUUUAGUAUAAUGGAUAUACAACCUGAUGCGGAAAUAACUUUUGACUAUGGUUCUGAUGAUGUUAACAAUUGUGUGUCAAAUGUUACUACAAGAAAGCCUUGUCUAUGCAACAGUAGUCAUUGCAAAGGUUUUAUGCCCUACCUUCCUUGUUAAGUCUAUUAUAUGGCAGGCAAUAACUUAACUAUCUGAUUUAAAUGUGAAACAGAAUAGCUGUAAAUGAGUGUAUAUAUUAUACAUAAAUGGAUUACUGACAAUCUGUGAAAAAGGCGAGCAUUUCUGAAAUUUAAGAUGUGUUGGAUCCCUGGCAGGUGCAAUUUAGAGUUUAUAAUUUUGGAAUAUGGUGUGGUCUGUUGGGAGGUUUCAGCUCUGGCUAGUUACCACCCUACCAGUAAAGACUUGCCAUCAAGCGAUUUAGGAAUCAGUUACAGUGCAGCAUAGAAACUGAUUUGGCGUAUGGGUUUACUAUUACUCCCAUACCCCUGGUUUUGUUUUUUUACUGCAUUAUCACUUACCAUCUGGUGAGAUUGCAGAUAAAGGCUAAGUUUAAAAAAAAAUAGCUUUAACAAUGUCACUGUCUGCACAUCAAUGUUGGCAACAGUCUUAUUCCCUUCAAAUUGCUUGGCUCAGGUUGCCUUUCCACCAGCACUGUGUUCCACCACAAUUUAGUUAAACAGUGAGAGAGUUCAAGUCUAGGCUAUGAAACUAUGUCUGUUUCCCUAAUUAUAACUUGAAUAUCUUCUUACAACAUCCCUAGCUCCCAUCCUUAGGUCUCAAUUCUCUAUAAAAAACAUAAGUUUUGUUAAAGACAUUUCCAUGAGUUUUAUCUGAGCUCAGCUAUGUAAAUUAGGGUCCUUAUUGGUUGAUAUCAUAAACAUCCUUAGCAAUACACCUUAUCACAUCUCUGGUAGAAUAGCAGCCUUAGGGUGUUACCGAAAAAAACUGCACUGGAUCCCAACUAUUAUAGCUAUAAAAAUUUUAAGUUCCACGCACCCAUUUAAGGAACUUGAGUAAAAGUUGUCUUAAAAUGUAAACCUAUGAAAUUAAAAAUAAUGUGUUUAUUAUUUACAAAACAAAAUA